CUUCCCUUGAAAAAGAAAAUGACUUUCAGAAUCAAGAGAAAACAACUGAGAGAUUUUUCUGACAAAUAUUCGGGAAUUUCUUAACUUUCUAAAAGCGAGCAUAUUGUCUUAAAACGGUAAAUCUAAAUAGACUAAGCCGCGUGGCCAUUUUGUGGGAGUAAAAGAUGACUUAGCGGACACGCCUCCCCGUUUGGAGUUAAUGAACGUUGUUUAGUAAUCCCAGAAAGGAUUUACCGGCACAUGACGAUGUAGUAGGUGAAACCAGCAGAAUGUGAGUGCUUUAAAGAAGUCAUAACCAUGGUCUUUGACACUCUGGAAGUGACAUGGAUUGCAGCACUUGGGCUGCCUUGCAGUAUUAUCUUCACUGCUUUAUCUUGUUUGUUUUGUUUCAAGAAAAAGAAUGGCUUCUCUAAUUUUACUAGCAAUGCAAACACUGGAGGUAGCCAGGGACAUCAUAACACAACCUUCACCCUGGAAAUGCCUGAGGCUGAAGAGGAUGCAACAUCCCAGACAGUGACUAUUGAUCCCCUUCCAGACAUUUCAUCCAGGAUCAAAGGUCCUCUGCGACCAAGAAUUGUCAGUUUGGAUAAUUCCAGUCAGAAUUCAUCUUUAAAACUACUGGCCCACCAUGCUGUUCCUCGAAGUCAUUUGACCUAUCUUAAGGAACUUGGCAGUGGCUGGUUUGGAAAGGUCAUAGAGUCCAAUGCAGAACAACUUAUAUCUGGAGUGCCCAACAGCAGAGUUGUAGUGAAGAUGCUGAAAGAUGAUGCUUCAAAGGCAGAGCAAAAGCUUUUUAUUGAGGAAGUGGCUCCAUUCAGAGAGAUUGAUCAUACAAAUGUUCUGCGCCUCUUGGGAGAAUGCACAGAGAUGAACCCAAUGCUUAUGGUACUUGAAGCUUCACCUUAUGGGGAUCUGAAAGAGUACCUACGCAGUCAUUGUCAGCAAAUGGACCCAAUGCUUCAGAAGAAGAGACUAAUACAGUUUGCCACUGAUGCGGCAUGUGGACUUGCUUGCCUGCAUCGGCAUGACUAUGUGCAUAAAGAUUUGGCAGCCAGAAAUUGCCUCGUCAUGGGAGAUCAUGUUAUCAAGAUUGGUGACUAUGGAUUUGCUGAAGAGGUGCAUCAGGAGGACUACUUCAAAAGUGGUAAUUAUCUUCUUCCAAUACGGUGGAUGGCACCAGAGACCUUGAGGAAAGAGAAUGACAUCUGGAUUGCCUCAAACUUCUCAAAGGAAUCAGAUAUCUGGUCUUUAGGAGUGUUGCUUUGGGAGAUAGCAAUGUUUGGGGAGCGACCCUAUGAUGCAUUGAGUGACAAAGCUGUCCUGCAAGAAGUCAUUGUUGAGAAGGUCUCUAAACUCCCGGCACCAGAAAAGAGCCUUCCACAUUGGAACAAAAUGUACGAAAUUAUGCAGAGUUGCUGGCAGGAAAGAAAUCAGCGCACAAAGGUGGAUGAUUUGCAUCAUUUGUUGCAACAGGCAGCAGCCCAGUCUUCCAACAUGCCCGACACAGCCAUUCCAGACUUUGAGACAAAGUGGACAAUCUUGAUGCCUAACCAGCGUCUUCCCUCUCUUGACAGCAGCAGUAAUAGGAGCAACAACUUGGCACAGUCUUCCAGCAAAGAGUCAGAGCUAUUGCCUGUAGAUAUAAAUUCCAGCUCAUUUGAUGCUCUUACUGAGGUUGAGGUUGAGCCUAUUUUGAAAACUUCACCAACACCUUUCCAGCUGACAACAGAGUCAGCUGCUAAGUUGCUACACACAUCCACUGUCCCAGUAGUAGAAGAUAUGAAAGAAGUGAUAACAGUAAUGAACAAGGAUGCCCCGGCUAGCAUGCCUGGAGUCACAAAUGCCACAGAUUUAGAAUUUACAGAUUUCACCUCGUACGAGUCUGCUGAUAAUUCCACUAGAAGCCUAACAGAUGUUUCAAAAGACAUGAUUAACCUUGUGUCCACCAGUGUGUCAACAACCAACAGUAAUUCAACUGAAUUAGAUGGGGUGACAGAACCAAUAUUUACAAGCACUAACCUUCAGACCUGUGAAGCACAAGAACCUCUGUCAUACACGCCUGUAGCUUCUGCAGAUGACAGCACCAUUUGCAAUUUUCCAGUGACUCCUUUCCGACCCAAACCAUCACCAAGAAAAACCAGCACACCUGUGGUAAAAGAGAGCCCAUCCAUAACAGACUCAACAGCCUCAACCUUUGCUACAUCACCAGCCUCAGCCUCCACUACAUCACCUUCAUUUUUAACAGCCCUUGCAUCUUCUCAAAACACAAGCCCCAGUGAAUAUUAUACCACAGCCAACAACAGCACUAAAUCAUCAGAACCAACCACUGGGGAAAUGUUGUCAGAAGUUAGCAGUGAUAGCAGCUACACUUGUUAUGAGACGCUGACAACAACAGCCUUAAGCUUUGAUAACACUGAAGAUAUGGGCGAGUUUGUGUCGGGUUCCUCUACACCUGAGGCCUUGGCACAAAGCAAGAAAGACCUGUUUUCUACAAAUCUUUGGGAACUGCAGGCAUCAGAUGAAGCCAACAUUGAUGAAUCCAAAGAUGAUAGUUUUGGAGAGUAUACCUCUCCAGAUUUGGAGAUCAUCAAAGGUUUGGAAGUCUCAACAGAUGCUCAGACAAGGGUAGAUAAUCCUUGCUUAUCACUGGAGCCCACAAGUACUCCUGAGAGUCUUGUGCCUAUUUUGAUCACAUCUGUUGAUAACAAAGCAGCCCCUGUAGAUGAAGCAGGAGAUAUACCAUCUGUCAGCAGUCCAGCACAGCAUUUGGCAGAACUUGAAAGUUUUGCUCUGGAUCUUUCUCACUUGGGCAGUCCCCCAGAAUCCAUCAUUUUGUCAGGCAAGCCACAGCAAGAGGCUUCCUUUUCAAGUUCAAACAGCAAUUCGCAAUAUUCAGACUAUAGGGACUUUAACAAUGAAACCACAUCCCACAUGCAACCAGAUGAUAUAGUCUCUUAUAAUCGCUCUUCUGAAUCUGGGCAUUCUGAUCAGGUCAAAGAAGUGUUAUCAGAUCAUGCAACUGAUUCCUUGUUCACAGAUGAGGAGCAUUCAUUCAAUCCCCUUGUCAGUUUUGACGGCUUCAAGCCACCACUUGAUCAAAAAGCUGUCUCACAAAAUGGCAAAGAAGUCGAACCUCCAUUUCAGCAGUCUGGAGCAGCAUCAGACGAUUUUGACAUGUGGAGUGACUUUUCUUUUUCGUCAGCAGGGGUGGGACCACCUUCAGAUCCUUUCAGCAGUAAAGGAGGAAUGCUUCUGGAGUCUGAUGGGGCAUCAGCAGCAGCAUUUCCUGGCAAGGUAGGUCAGAGUUUAAAGGUUGAGUGUCAGGAGGGUGGUGUAAGUGCAUGUGAAAGUGAAUCUAGUUCCUUCAGCACAGACUCAGAGAGUAGCAACUCGGAGAGCAGCAGGGAGUAUAUAUGUGAAGAACCUUGGGAGAAGGAGUCCUCUUCUGAAUCCGCAAACUCACGUGCUGAUAGCGAAGAAUAUGCUUUGCAGAUAGCCUCCGAAAUCUACCUCUCUAAAGGUUUAAAAAUGGUCAGAUCUUUUGAGACCCCAUCUCUGGAACCCAUUCCAGAAGAUCCUUUGCCGUCCAUCUCAGAAGAAUCUGUGCCAACGCCGUCAGAGACAAGUUCAUUGGAUGUGAAGAUUGAGGAUGUGUUUGAAUGGGAUGACUUCAUGGGCGAGUCACUGGUGGGGGAGGAACAGACUUCAGAUAACUCACCCAAGCAGAGUUUUGACAUGCCUGAGUGGUCACUUGAUACAGAAAAUGAAAGCAUUCCUAGCAGCACCAGUGUGCAUUCUCAACAUUCAGGAGAUCUCAGAGGAAGUGUUGGAUCUGACAGUCAUAGCACUUCUUCAGGUGGCAGCACAAGUGCACGCAUCUCCCAUUCGGAUACUGAAGUUACACUGUUUGGCAGAACCCAGAAUCCCAGAUCAUAUAUAUCAGACUUUCUUGCUAACAGGACUAAGGGACAAACUUCCCUGACCAUCACCUCUCCUGUUUACAAGCAGGAUCAGAUUCAGUUUUACUCUCUCUUUAAAGAGGAGUUUGAUUUGGAAUCAGACUCAGCAUCAGAAAGCAGCAGUAGCCCAGGGAAAUGUGACCUUGCACUUGAAUCUGGGAGCCGGUCUCCAGCAGAGUGCAAGGUUGAGGUCAACCCACCGCAUGAUGAGAUACGCCCGUCAACUUUGCUUCAUAGCCUUGACCCAGCAGGGAAUGGGGUGAAUGCCUAUCCUGAGGAGAUUGCUCUGGAAGUUGUGUCUGUGACUGGAGAUGGCAAUGAGCCACCUGGCACAUCUCUUCUUGAUUUGACUGCUUUUGAGUCGGCCGACUCAGGAGUGACUUCAACGACAAGUGACACAGACCAGGGAAGCAGCUCUACGCCAGGGACUGAUGGAGCAUCACUGAUUGAUUUCUGAUCAAGGAUCCCCAGCUAUGCAGACAGAAGUGCUAGGAAAUGAUUGUUGAGCAUACCAGGAAGAGUUAUUAUUGACAUUUGCAUUGGCAGAUUUUUAAUCUUUUCAUUGCAUGUGCCUCCUAAAGGGUUUGCAAAAUGGAGGAAUGUUUUUCUUAAUAUAAUGUUAAAGAUGCACAGAUUCUAGCAACAUAUCAAAAGCAUGUCAUCAGGGUACACAUACUUUGAUGGCAUGCUUGGAAUAGCAAAAACAGUUCUGUUGGUUUUUGUUCACUUGUAAAACUGUACAUUAUUGUAUCUUUCUCAUUAUGUUUGUUUACAGAUUAAUAACACAAUAAUUAUGCUCUCCUGAGCUCUUUCAAAUCUUUUUAACAAGAUUGUAAAAACAUUUUAGAGUGCCAUAACACCGGUUUUUUAUCGUUCCACAUUUGUCUGGACUUUUAAUAUUUUAACAUCAUCUGCUGUUAGCUGAUCUCUUUGACAUAUCCUGUAACUAUCUGUGAUUGAGUGUACAUUGAUCUAACUUUAGCACAUUGGAUUUUGUGCACAAUUUGAUUUACUGAUGCAUAAUUUGCAUAAUUGAGGGUUGUUAAUUGUUGGAAUAUUGGCUGGUUUAAUGAACUUUGUAUGUUCUACUCUAGAAAGAUUUUAUGACUUGCUUUUCAUACCAACUUGAAACACACAUUUUGCAGCAAUUUUCUUUACAUUGUGUACACCGUAAGGGAAAACAAACUUUGGUGUGCAGAGAAACAGUGACAAAAAGAUGUUUUAUAUCAGUCUCAACAUUAGUUCUUAUCUCUGUUUUUCUUCCCUUUCUCUACUUAAUAUUUUGAUCUCAUUGGAUAAAUCAACAUUAAAAACUAAUGUGUAAUUAUCAAGUGUCUAAAGCAUUUGAUAUAACUAAACUGGUCUCAAGACAGGGAAUGAUGCAGGUGGAUUUUUAUUAUAUAUCAGAAAUGUCUGCUUUGUAGAUCAUCAAAGACAAAUAUCAAGUGUUUUGUAUGAAGUACAGUGAAUCCAGUGGUACAGGUGUGUUUCACUGUGAGACUUUGUGCUUUUGCUGCUCUUUAUUUCAGGAAAGGGGAUUAGGAAAUGUUAUUACCCUAGUCAUUGUGUGCAAAAAUUUAGUUCUGCUUUCUGCCAAAGAAUCUUACACUUCAUUGGUUACCAACCAUUAACCCCAUCAUAUGGUCAAUUUAAAAUGCAAGCCUUAAGGUACAUAUUGUGUAGCUCUAACCACAAUGGUUUAUACUUAGGAAAUAUUCACACCUUUGUUGGUCUUGCACUUCUUGCAGCUCUCCAUGUGCUCUUAUCAUGCAUAUAUAUACUCAGCUACUCUGACCUGUCAAUAAUUGAAAUGUGACUCUUCUUAGCAAAGGUCUUUAAAUUUACUACAGAAUUUUGGCAUUAGGCCAGAUCUUUUUGUUGCUUGCACCUAUAGGUGUGUCACAAAGCCACUUUGUCAGUUUUGGCAGCUAAACAAAAUGUUUUGGAGCAUGCCUUGGAUAGUGUGAGGAAAGGCAUAUCAUCUUUUUUAAUUUUUUUCUAUUUUGUUUUUAGAAUUUGAAAACCAUUAUUGAUUGAACUUAGUUCUAGAUAUUAACAGAUUUAUAUAUAUUAUUAUUCAGAAAAAGCUGUGGAAAAAUAUUUUUUUUGUCAGCAAAAGCAGCAUUAAUUUGCUGCAGUGACUAAUCCAAAUAUUUGCAACAAAUGGAUAUGUUGUUUUUAAUUACACUGCCAAAGCCAACUUUGUUUUUAUUUCCAAAGAUAAAAUUUCAUUUAUCUGGUUUUCAGUUCCUAUCUGAAUUUCUUGAUAAACAAUUUCUCCAAAAAUAAGCUUUGAAAACUAUGUUCACUCAUGGCCCAACUAAGUUGUUUGGUGUUCCUUGCCCUGCUUGAGAUUGAGUCAAAAAGUGUCACUCACCUGUUCCAGACUAUCAAUUAUCAGAUACAUAAACCAAUGCUGACAAUCAAUACCUUUGUGAAAAUGGGAAUCAAAAGGCAUUAAACAGAUGAAGUAGGAUACUGGAGUUGGCAGGAUUUCCAACUGCUUUUUUAAUAUGUGAACCAGCACAAAUCAUCUGUUUCCUUUAUUGCAGUUGACUGCCUGAUGUGAAUAAAGUACUCUUAAAUAAGAAGUCAAUUUUUUUGCCAGUAAAAAGGGUGCAAACGUAGGGAAAUUUUUUUUUUUUUUAAAUGGGGAGGGUUAAAAAAGUCAUUCUUAAAAAUGUGUAUAUUGUUGUCCACAUGGCAACUUUUAUAUGACAGUCACAUACAGAUUUUUCAAUUGAUUCCAAGUAGGCCCAAAAGGAACAGAUUAAAGUACAAAUUAAAGAUGAGAAGUCCAUUGGCCAAAUCUUAGCCUUGAAGAAUUAGCACAAAUAAGAAGUCAAAAAUGUCGGAUAUAUCGCUGUGCAUUAAGUGAGAUAACUAUAAGUGUUCAGAUUUAGAUGUAAUCUUUAAGUCACAGAAUAUAUUCCACAUAUUACCUUAUUCUGUGAAACUUUAAACUGAAAAAAAUACAGCUUGAACUUUUUGUACACCAAUAUCAUAUGCAGCAAAAUAAUGCUUUGAACAUGAUAAAUAUUAUUGAAAAUAUUUCUGAGUGAUUCAGUCCUUUGAAACUUAACAUUUUGUGCAUCAUAUCAAAGACAUGAUAACAUUAAGCAUUAUUUUCAGUCUCUCCAUUAAUCAUUUUCGGGUUCUUUAAAUUGUUCUUAGCUCCAACAGGCAUUUAACAUAAGUAGUUUUUUGAAACUUCUUUUGCAAAGAUUCAAAAUUUCUUGAGAGCAGAAAAUCAAAACGAGAGUGGAAGCAUAAAUGACUAGACAGGAAGUAAACCUAGGCCAUCAGUUUUAAACAGACUGUGGUGUGGCUGAGCACACCUUAUCAGUUAACAGUAGCAGCUGUCCAGUAGUAGCUGUUACCUUCUAGAUACUUGGCACUUUUUUCCCGUAGAAUGUAAUAUCAAUGCUGUAUACCACAAAAUAUUGAUAUUAUCAGUUCUGUAUCUAAGUUUGCAUUGUAUAUUAUUAGAGAGAUAAAUAUUAACAACAGCUGCAGCUGCAAACAACGAAAGAUACCAUAUCAAGUGGAUGGUGAAAGCUGCAUUUACAUGCCUUAACUUCCACAUUCAUCUGUUUUCUUGCAAACAUUUACUUAGCCAAAGUAAGGUAAGACAGAUAUUUGCCUUUUAAUUUGUCAUGGAUGAGAUUUUACUGUGAUCCAACAAAAAUUGUUCAUCAGUUACUUGGAAUUAAAGAAAAAAAUAGAUAUAUCUGUGUUAAAUAUAUUUAAAUUUGAUUAUGAGAAAUGCCACUUGCUAUAAAGUACAAAGUGUACUAUAAAGUGUAAUGUAGAAGUA